CUCAGUUUGGAGUCAGACUUUUCCAAAUCUCAGAGAGAGAGAGAGAGAGAGAGGGAGAGAGCGCCAUGGCCUCCUCCAAGAAACCCACAGAAGAAGAGAACAAGAAGAAGAAGAAGAAGAGCAACAGCAGCCCUGCCAAAGAAACCAAAACAGCUUUAAAAAAGCCAGACAAGAAAGCAAGUACCACAGAAAAGGCUAACAAAUCAAAGCCGAAGCCGAAGCCGAAGCCAAAGCCAGACAGUAACAAAAACAAGAGCAGCAAUGGAACCCUGGUCGAGUCCGAGGUUAUUGCCGUCCCAUCUUCAAGCACGGACUCAAAAGAACAAGAAGAUGAAAACAAGACCAACAAGAAUGUUAAAUCCAACAAGAGGAAACAAAAGGAAAAAGUAGAGGAGAAUGAAGGAGAAGAAGAAGAAGAAGAAGAAGAAGCAAAGAUGUGUAGAUUUCCCAUGAAUAGAAUAAAGAGGAUAAUGAAGAGUGAAGAUUCCCGAGUGGCUAUUCCUCAAGAUGUUGUUUUUCUUGUUAAUAAAGCCACGGAGAAAUUCCUUGAACAAUUUUGUGAAGAUGGAUAUAAAUCCUCUGUGAAGGACCGCAAGAAAUCGCUUAGUUACAAGCACCUGUCAACAGUUGUUCAUGAACGGAGGAGAUACGACUUUCUAUCAGAUUAUGUCCCUGAGAAAAUAAAAGCCGAAGAUGCAUUGAAGGAGAGGAAUUUGACUGAGACUGGGGCAGGAUAGGACCUUGGAAUAUAUACAAACAGAGACGAUGAUCUCGCACUGGCCUGCUUUAAGCAGCUUGGACACAUUCAGGCUCUUGUCAUUGGCUUGUUUUUCAUUAUCAGUUGAAAGAGGGCACUGCAGUGGCGUAACUUCUUUCACUAACAUGGAUUUGAUCCACGAGUCAGCGUAUCUCUCUAUAACAUGUAUCCCAGCAUGAAUUAAUGCGUGUCCAUAUUGGAGACAUUUUGCAUAUUCAGCUGGUGAACUAAUGAAUCUCUUGCAAUCAAGAUAAUGGUUUAGUCAGAAAGACAUUUUGCCUGGUUCAAAUAUAGUUGGGAAAUUGGGAUGACACUUUUCAGGCACUUAAUUUAUUGUGUUUAAAGGCCCCGCCGGGUACAUUAGUCUUGAUUCUAGUUAAGGGGGUAGCAUGGUAAUGACUCGGCAGGGAACUGAUAGUUUUAGGACUUGUAUGAUAGCUUCUUCCCUAAACAAGGAUGGAACUAUUGGUUACUCAA